AUGGAGGCAAGGAAGUUCAGAUGGGCAGUGAAUGUAGCUCUGAGCACUCCUGCUGGAAGCCCUCAACACCACAAUGAAUUCCUCGAUAGUAGGCAAAAGACCACGAUUCAAAUGAUUCUUUUGUUCAAUGAGCUGUACAUUUGUUCCUUUGACUGGCAGAAAAGAGAAGCUGAUUCAGUUGCCUUAGGGCAGAAGCAUUUGGAAUUGGAAUUCUGUCCACUCACAAUUGUGAGGGUAACAGGAGAACUCGAGUAG